CAGAGUGAACGGGACGGGCCCGGCCGCAGAGCUCUGGGCGGCGGGUGGGACUCGGGCGUCUGACAGAGUUGUUGUUCCGGCACGGCCGCGGAGACGUGAGCUGUGCCAGGUGGAUGUGGGCAGAGAGGUUUGCAGGGCUGAAAUGGAGGUCAGAGCUUCCUUACAGAAGGUCAGUGGGUCACCUGAUUCUGCGGCCACACUGAACAGUGAAGAGUUUGUUUUGGUUCCUCAGCACACAGAUGACACUUCUAUAAAGGAUGAUGGGAAGCCACAGCUGAAGAUAGCUUCCAAUGGUGAUGAGCAGUUGGAAAAAGCCAUGGAAGAGAUUUUGAGAGAUUCCGAGAAAGGGCAAAGCAGUCUACCUGUUGAUGGCCAAGGAUCCAGUGAGAUUUCAGACCAUUCCUUUGGAGAUGUUCCAGCCAGCCAAUCAAAUAAGCCACCUCUCCAGUUAAUUUUGGAUCCAUCUAAUACAGAAAUUUCCACACCCAGACCAUCUUCUCCAAGUGGAUUUCCUGAAGAAGACAGUGUUCUCUUUAACAAGUUGACAUACUUAGGAUGUAUGAAGGUUUCUUCCCCACGUAGUGAAGGGGAGGCUUUACGUGCAAUGGCCACCAUGAGAGCUUCCAGUCAAUACCCCUUUGCUGUUACUCUGUAUGUGCCCAAUGUUCCAGAAGGAUCCGUGAGAAUCAUCGACCAGUCAAGCAAUGUGGAGAUAGCAUCUUUUCCAAUUUAUAAAGUCUUGUUCUGUGCGCGUGGGCAUGAUGGGACAACAGAGAGCAAUUGCUUUGCAUUUACAGAGAGUUCUCAUGGUUCAGAAGAGUUUCAGAUACACGUUUUCUCCUGUGAAAUUAAAGAGGCAGUAAGCAGAAUUUUAUAUAGUUUCUGUACUGCAUUCAAACGUUCUUCCAGACAAGUGUCUGAUGUUAAAGACUCGAACAUCCCGACUCCUGACAGUGAUGUGUUUACCUUCAGUGUCUCCUUGGAGGUCAAAGAAGAUGAUGGAAAAGGCAACUUUAGUCCUGUGCCUAAGGAUAGAGAUAAAUUUUAUUUCAAAAUAAAGCAAGGAAUAGAGAAGAAGGUUGUGAUUACAGUUCAGCAACUAUCUAACAAAGAAUUAGCUAUUGAGAGAUGUUUUGGAAUGUUAUUAAGCCCAGGUCGAAACGUGAAGAACAGUGACAUGCAUUUACUGGAUAUGGAGUCUAUGGGAAAGAGCUAUGAUGGGAGAGCUUAUGUCAUCACCGGCAUGUGGAACCCCAACGCACCAAUAUUUCUGGCUCUUAAUGAAGAAACGCCAAAAGAUAAACGGGUGUACAUGACUGUUGCAGUGGACAUGGUGGUCACAGAGGUGGUAGAGCCAGUCCGCUUUCUCCUGGAGACAGUAGUGCGUGUAUACCCUGCAAAUGAGAGAUUUUGGUAUUUCAGCAGAAAGACUUUUACAGAGACUUUCUUCAUGAGGUUGAAACAGUCUGAGGGAAAAGGCCAUAGCAGUGCUGGAGAUGCAAUAUAUGAAGUGGUGAGUCUGCAGAGGGAAUCUGACAAAGAGGAGCCGGUCACCCCUACCAGUGGAGGGGGCCCAGCCUCACCCCAGGAGGAUGAAGCAGAAGAGGAGAGUGAUAAUGAACUCUCAAGUGGAACAGGUGAUGUGUCAAAAGACUGUCCUGAGAAGAUCCUCUAUUCUUGGGGAGAAUUGUUAGGAAGAUGGCAUAAUAACCUUAAUGCCCGACCAAAAGGGCUACCCACCUUGGUAAAGAGCGGUGUUCCUGAGGCAUUAAGGGCAGAAGUAUGGCAGCUUUUAGCAGGAUGCCAUGACAACCAGGCAAUGCUGGAUAAAUACAGAAUCCUUAUCACAAAGGACUCUGCACAGGAGAGUGUUAUUACUCGAGACAUUCAUCGUACGUUUCCUGCACACGAUUACUUCAAAGACACUGGAGGAGAUGGUCAGGAAUCUCUUUACAAGAUCUGCAAGGCAUACUCUGUGUAUGAUGAAGACAUCGGAUACUGUCAAGGACAGUCUUUUCUUGCUGCUGUAUUACUGUUGCAUAUGCCAGAGGAGCAAGCAUUCUGUGUUUUGGUGAAUAUUAUGUAUGAAUAUAAAUUGAGAGACUUAUACAAAAACAAUUUUGAAGAUCUUCAUUGCAAAUUCUAUCAACUUGAGAAACUAAUGCAGGAACAGCUGCCAGACCUGUACAGCCACUUCUGUGAUCUGAACCUGGAAGCUCAUAUGUACGCAUCCCAGUGGUUCCUCACUCUUUUUACUGCCAAGUUCCCACUCUGCAUGGUGUUCCACAUCAUCGACCUGCUGCUGUGCGAGGGUUUGAAUAUAAUCUUUCAUGUAGCUUUGGCUCUUCUAAAGACCUCAAAGGAAGACCUCCUGCAGGCUGAUUUUGAAGGUGCUUUGAAGUUUUUCAGAGUUCAGCUUCCAAAGAGAUACCGGGCAGAGGAGAAUGCGAGAAGAUUGAUGGAGCAGGCUUGCAAUAUUAAAGUACCAACCAAAAAGUUGAAGAAAUAUGAAAAAGAAUAUCAGGCAAUGCGGGAGAACCAGCUACAGCAGGAGGACCCAAUGGAUAGAUACAAGAGGGAGAACCGAAGAUUACAGGAGGCCAGCAUGAGGUUGGAACAAGAAAAUGAUGACCUUGCCCAUGAACUAGUGACAAGCAAAAUUGCUCUUCGGAAUGACUUGGAUCAGGCGGAGGACAAGGCUGAUGUGCUAAAUAAGGAGCUCCUCUUUACCAAGCAGAGGUUGGUGGAGACCGAGGAGGAGAAGAGGAAGCAAGAGGAGGAGACUGCCCAGCUAAAAGAAGUCUUCAGGAAACAGCUAGAAAAGGCAGAGUAUGAAAUAAAGAAGACGACAGCUAUCAUUGCUGAGUAUAAACAGAUAUGUUCUCAGUUAAGUACCAGGCUGGAGAAACAGCAGGCAGCCAGCAAGGAGGAGCUAGAAGCAGUAAAGGGUAAGGUGAUGGCGUGCAAACACUGCAGUGAUCUCUUCAGCAGGGAGGGGGCUGGAAAGCCCGUGGCCGGAAGUAGAGAGGACCAGGGACUUGAGGCAGACGAUGAGAAGGACUCACUCAAGAAGCAGCUGAGGGAGAUGGAGCUGGAACUGGCACAAACUAAGCUGCAGCUGGUGGAAGCCAAGUGCAAAAUCCAGGAACUCGAGCAUCAGAGAGGAGCGCUUAUGAAUGAAAUACAAGCUGCAAAAAACUCUUGGUUUAGUAAAACCCUGAACUCUAUCAAAACAGCCACAGGCACCCAGCCACUCCAGCCACCACAGGCUCCCCAGCCACCCAAGGAGAGCACAUAGUUCCAGCCUCAGCCAAGCACAAGAGCACAAUGAUCAAAACAACGGAAACCAAGAAGUUUUCCUGUUGUCCCUUUGAAGAAAGUAAAGGAGACCAGAAAGCAAGUUAGACUCUUCUCAGUAGCUCUGUCUUUCAUGUAUGACAUUUUUCAAAGGGAUGUUAUUUAAACUGACCUGAUUUAUGUUGAAUAUCUAUUUCCCAGCUUCUUCAUGGAAAACCACAUUCAGAUCCAUCAUAGUAUUACACAUUGUUUUAUAUGCCUGAAAUUUAGUUGGAAAUGAGUAAUCUAGAACUAAAUGCUUUUGUUUAGAAUUAACUAUUCAUAAUAAUUUUUAAUCUUACAUAAAAUGGAGACAUGUUAUCCCAAGCUAAAAUGGUAAGAUCUCGGUCACAGAAUUCUGUUUUUAAAGGGAAACUAAACCUCUUUAACGUUCCAGGAUUAUUCAUAAAAAGCACACUGGGGCCGCACAUGAUCACUGACAGGCCUCACACUGAAGUGACGUCCACACUGACGUGCUACCCUUUUCCAAUUAAACAACAGACCAGGGGUUGGCUUGAAAGUUUCCCUCUAACUAUUCUGAGUUGGCUACAUUUGGAAUUAGAGGGCCAAUAGCUGUGGAGUAGAUG